UUGUCCGAGUAGCUCAAUCCAAAAGAAUCCAGGCACCUGUGGCUCUCCGUAUUAAUCCUGAUGUUGACCCUAAAACGCAUCGGUAUAUUUCGACAGGUCAUAAGGAGUCAAAGUUUGGCAUGGAUAUUCAACGAUCCUUAUUGCUUGCGGAAAAAUUCAAAGGCUCAGAAUCUAUAAAGAUGAUUGGCAUUCAUAUGCAUAUAGGGUCGCAGAUUACAACAACAGCCCCUUACAGCAGUGCAGCAGCUAAAUCUGUUGAUAUUAUUACUCGUCUGCGGGAAAUGGGCCACCCAAUUGACUGGUUUAACAUGGGUGGCGGCUUUGGAAUCAGUUAUGAUGGGAAGACGAGUCCAUCAAUUUCAGAAUUUGCUGCUGCUGUUGUACCCAGCAUAAGGAAAACGGGGUGCCGUCUAGUGAUGGAACCUGGUCGGGUGAUUGUUGGUAAUGCCGGCAUUCUUAUCAGUCGAGUAAUUUACACCAAGGUAUCGGGGGAAAAACGGUUUCUGAUCCAGGACGCUGCCAUGAAUGAUCUAAUCCGUCCAUCUUUGUACGAGUCGUUUCAUGGGAUUUGGCCAGUCAAAGUCCCUGCUGGCUUUCCUUCCCCACCGGAUGAUUUUGAAACAUCGCGUAUUAAUGGAACAAAGUUAUGCGACGUGGUUGGCCCAGUGUGUGAAAGCGGUGACUUCUUGGCUCAAGAUCGAGCUUUGCCACCCUUAAAUCGGGGUGAGCUCCUAGCCAUUUUUUCCGCCGGGGCAUAUGGAAUGACGAUGGCUUCCAAAUACAAUUCUUGCCCUUGCCCUGUUGAGCUGUUGAUCAAUGGAUCAGGCGUUGUUGUGCAGGCCCUCCACAUCCCAUCCCGGGCCCUGGUACCAGUUUUCAGGCCCGGGUCCCCAGCACAGAGGGGGGUCCGGGGGGCCUCCCCCUGGAAAUUUUUGAAAUUUUAAAUCUAUUUGGACGCAUGUUGAAGCUCUUAUGAUGGAGAUUUUCCAUCAAUUUCUGCAGAAUAAUUACGC